UCUAUAUAUCUUGUCGGUCCAAUCUUUUAAUCUUUUGACACUGCCAUAUCCAUCCGACUUUUGACUGUCUCUAUUGUCUCUGUCGCCUUUCGCCACAAUGGCCGUCACCCGUAAGAAGAUCGGCCAUGCCCUGGCGAAGCCUCUGGGCAUCAAGCUCGAUUAUCGCAAUGAGACGGGCGCCAGAACUACUCGUGGAGAGUCUGUCUUCUCCGUCUCGAGCGCAGACACCUUCGUGGAAGAAGAGCCCACCGUGCAGGAGUGGUUUGCUGAGAUAACGCCCUCCUUAAAGGACGUUGGCCGUUAUUUCUACAACCUAUUUCCAUUCCUGAGAUGGAUUGGCCGUUAUAAUCUGCAGUGGCUGUACGGGGAUCUGGUUGCUGGUAUCACUGUUGGUGCUGUUGUCGUGCCCCAAAGCAUGGCCUACGCAAACCUCGCCCUGCUGCCCGUCGAGUUUGGUCUCUACUCCUCUUUCAUGGGCGUCCUCAUCUACUGGUUCUUCGCCACCUCCAAGGACAUCACCAUCGGCCCGGUCGCCGUCCUGUCUACUGUAACUGGCAACGUUGUCUCUAACGCUACCGCCAAACUUCCUCAGUACGCAGAUACUCCGUGGGUUUACGCCAACUGUCUUGCAAUUAUUGGUGGCGCCAUCGUCUGUUUCCUGGGUCUUGCCCGUCUGGGCUUCAUCGUCGAGCUCAUCUCGUUGACGGCCAUUUCUGCCUUCAUGACUGGUUCUGCCAUCAGCAUCGCUGUCGGGCAGUUGCCUGCACUCAUGGGCAUCACGACUGUCAACAACCGUGCCGAGACAUACAAAGUCUUUAUAAACUUCCUCAAAGCCUUGCCCCAGACCAAGUUGGACGCCGCCAUGGGCCUGACUGCUCUUGCUAUGCUCUACCUUAUUCGGAGCGGCUGCAACUUCGCCGCCCGGAAGUUCCCGAGCCGCGCCAAGACAUUUUUCUUCUUGUCCACCCUUAGGACCGCAUUCGUCAUCCUGCUCUAUACUGGCAUCAGUGCUGGUGCCAACCAUGGUCUGCCAGGCGUUCAUGUCGGUGUGAAACCAAAGAACCCCAAGUUCCGUAUUCUCGGUGUGGUUCCCCGUGGUUUCACCCACGCCCAAGUCCCCACCGUUGACACCGCUGUUAUCAAAUCGUUCUUGUCCGAUCUGCCUGUCCUGGUCAUUGUCCUGCUGAUUGAGCACAUUUCCAUCUCAAAGUCCUUUGGUAGGGUGAAUAAUUACACCAUAGACCCAUCGCAGGAACUGGUUGCCAUUGGUGUCACAAAUCUGCUCGGUCCUUUCCUUGGUGCAUACCCAGCCACAGGAUCCUUCUCCCGUACUGCGAUUAAAUCAAAAGCUGGUGUCAGAACCCCCUUUGCCGGUGUGAUCACCGCGCUUGUCGUUCUUCUUGCCAUCUACGCCUUGACUGCUGUCUUCUACUACAUUCCUCAGGCCUCGCUUUCGGCCGUCAUCAUCCACGCCGUUGGAGACUUGAUUACUCCGCCAAACACCGUCUACCAGUACUGGAAGGUAGCGCCACUUGAAGUUCCCAUCUUCUUUGCUGGUGUGUUGGUGACCGUCUUCAGCUCCAUUGAAAAUGGAAUCUAUGUCACGAUCGGCUUGUCCGCUGGAGUCUACCUCUUCCGUCUGUUCAAGGCACAGGGACGAUUCCUCGGUCAGGUCAAGGUUCACUCAGUUAUUGGAGACCAUCUCUUGGACGACGGACGAGGCGGCGAGACGGGUCCAAUCGGAGACACGAACGUCGACACCUCGACUCGCAGCAUCUUCCUGCCAAUUGACCAUCGUGACGGCUCCAACCCCUCCAUCGAUGUCGAAGCUCCCUACCCAGGUGUCUUCAUCUACAGAUUCUCCGAGAGCUUCAACUACCCCAACGCCAACCACUAUCUAGACUACCUCGUCCAGACCAUCAUGAGCCAGACGAGGAGAACUAACGCAGCUACGUAUGGAAGACCUGGCGACCGACCAUGGAACGACCCCGGCCCAAAACCCGGCAAAGAACACGCAGAAGACGACAAACCCACCCUCAAAGCCGUCAUCCUCGACUUCUCCUCCGUCAACAACGUCGACAUCACAUCCGUCCAGAACCUGAUUGACGUGCGCAACCAGCUCGACAAAUACGCCUCCCCGGACCGCGUCAACUGGCACAUUGCCUGCAUCAACAACCGCUGGACCAAGCGCGCCCUCGCAAACGCCGGCUUCGGCUACCCGACCCCCGAAACGGAUCCCAGCGAGGGCGUCAAGCGCUGGAAGCCCAUCUUCAGCGUUGCCGAAAUGGGUGGCCACAACAAUAGUGCCGCUGCCGCCGCCGAGGCCGAACACAACAAGCGACUUAGGAAAUGGGGUAGUACCGAUAUUGAGGUUGCGCCGCAGGAGGAGGCUAGUAGCUCCGAUCACGACUCCAUUGAGAAGAGAGUCUCGCGUUCGCGCGCGUAUAGCACGAAUGCGCGGGGUGGUGGUGUUGGCGGCGACACCAUCAAGGUCGUGCAUGGCAUCAACAGGCCUCUGUUCCAUAUUGAUGUCACGAGCGCGCUCCAGGCUGCGCUUGCUAAUGUUGAGCAUAAGACGCAUUAGGCGGCGUGUGUUGCGAUCCUGUUUCUAUCGGUUUGACUUGACUUGACUUGGCCUUACCUGACUUGACUUGACUUGGCCUUACCUGACUUGACUUGGGUAUAAUUUUUGCAUUUCAUGGAGACGGCCAUUUACAGGCAUACAUAUAUACACAUU